AUGCUGGAGGGCCAGCCCCGACUCUACCUUUUGAAAGACUCAAAAGGCCAAGUCCUUUCUAUGCCUCCCCUCAUCAACGCCGAGGGCUGCAAACUGACGGCGGACUCCAGAGACAUUUUCAUUGACUGCACUUCGGUGGAGGAGAACAAGGGCCAAGUGGCACUGAACACGGUGGUGGCGAUGCUGGCGGAGUACUGCGAAGAGCCUUUUGCUGUGGAGCCAGUGCGAGUGGUUUACGAGGCGGAGGGCCGCGAGCUGGUGACUCCUUGCCUGGACACGCGCGAAAUGAAGGUCCAGAUGUCUACAGUGCGGCGCAUUUGUGGCCUCCAAAACUUAGCAGCAGCAGAAGCAGCGCAGCAGCUGCAUCGGCUGAUGCUGCCGGCUCGCCCAGACCCUCAGGACGAGCGCGAAAGCCUCCUGGUCUCUGUGCCUCCCACCCGCACAGAUGUGAUGCACGAGGUGGACGUGGCUGAGGACGUGGCGAUUGGGAUCGGUUUUGAGACGAUCCCAAUAACAGUGGCCCCGAAGCUGGCCUGCAACCCUCGCUCGCUGCUGAAGCAAAGUUUGAGGACUUUGUUGGUUUCUUUGGGAUUCACUGAGUGCCUCACUUUCGCCCUUUGCAGCCAAGAGGAAAACGCAGAGGCCCUCAAGAAGCCCCUCUACCCGGCCAACCAGCCCACGCCCCACUUCGACCCCCUCGAACACCAGUGGGGAGGCAUGCCCGUGCUGCUGUCGAACGCAAAGACACGGGAACUCACAGAGACGAGGACUCAGUUGCUUUCGGGACUUCUCAAGUCUCUCGCCACCAACAUCGGCCGCAGGGAGAUGCCCAUUCGCCUCUUCGAGAUCGGAGACGUGGUGAUUAGGGACGAUAGAACAGAGACUGGCAGCCGCAACUUGCUGUACUGCAGCGCCGCCUUUGCUGACGAACACGGAAGCGGCCUGGAGGAAGUGCACGGGCUGCUGGACGCGGCGCUAGAGGCCAUGGGGCUUAUAGGAGAUUACGUGGUGGCUGAAAGACAAGCAGCAGUUGCUGCUGGCCGCGAGGAGCAGCAGGAGGCCCUCAAGACUUUUGAAAACAUGCGCAUUUUCUCUCUGAAGCCUACGCAGCUGCCGACGUUUUUGCCCGGCCGCCAGGUGGAGAUCUCUGUGAGCCGCCGGACCUUCAAGGAGCGCGGGGCUACGUUCAAGCGAACAGAAGCAGCCGCGGAGCAGCAGCAGCAGCAGCAGCAGCAGCAGCAGCAGCAGCAGACGAAUGGCGCCACCCACGCAGCAGACCCCGACUGCCUCACUCUGGGCCACAUGGGCACUCUGCACGUCGACUGCCUCCGCGCCUUUGGCCUUGCUGUUCCUGUUUCCCUUGUGGAGUUCACACUGGAGCCCUUCUUGCAAUGGCUGCCAGAGACAGACCUCAUAUUUGCCUGA